CUCCUCACUCUAUCAGGCACCAAACCUCUCUUCUCUUGAAAUUCUCAUUAGAUUUCAUCACUUCGUCUCUCUAGAGAAAUUUCAUAAUUCCUAUUCAUUUUCCCGUUUAUUCGCAUAUACGAAGCUGUAUACCGUUACUUCUAAAGCUAAAUGGAGGUCGGGGACUUCGUGGUUGGAGGAUUUUAUGGCGGCGCUGCAGGGGAUGAUAUCUCGCCGGCGAAGAUGCUUUCUGCUGAACGCAAGCUCUCGGAGAAUUUUACCGUCGACGAUCUCCUUGACUUCUCCAAUGAAGACGCUGUUAUGAGUGACGGCUUCUUCGAAAAUGUCGCCGGUAUUUCCACCGAUUCCUCGACUUUCACCUGUAAUUCCUCCGUCUCCGGAGGGGAUAACCAUAUCUACGCUGCCAAUAUCCCUCACUCCUCUCAGUUCUCUGGUGAACUCUGCGUCCCGUAUGAUGAAUUGGCUGAACUUGAAUGGCUUUCAAAUUUCGUUGACGACUCAUUCACUACGGACCAGAAUUUACAGAUUUUCGCCACAUCAAAAUCAAUCACACCCGAAUCCUCCUCUCCCUCCACCCGACCCGAAUUUUUAACCCGGAUCCCAACCAACCAGAUUUUCCAACACGACACUCCCCUCCCGGGCAAGGCCCGUUCGAAGCGUUCACGGGUCGCCCCGUGCGAUUGGUCCACCCGACUCCUCCAACUCAACCUGAAACCCGCAGUCCAGAAGAGAGCGGACGACCCGAACGGCAAUUCGGAGUCGUCGGGACGGAAAUGUUUGCAUUGUGCGGUGGAGAAGACACCGCAGUGGAGGACGGGGCCGUUGGGUCCGAAAACAUUGUGCAAUGCGUGUGGAGUGAGGUACAAGUCGGGUCGAUUGGUACCGGAGUACCGACCCGCUGCGAGCCCGACAUUUGUGUCGACGAAGCAUUCGAAUUCUCACAGGAAAGUUUUGGAGCUUAGGAGGCAAAAAGAGUUCCAAAGAGCACAGCAUCAUCCACAGCUUGUUAGUCAAACUUCGAUUUUCGGCAUAUCCAACGGUGGUGGUUAUGCUGAUGAUUUCUCGAUGCAUCACCAUGGAUCCGACCACUUAAGGCACAUGAUUUAG